ACUCCGGAGGCGGAGAGCGCGGCCGACCGACCGUCGCCAGCGGGAAGCCCGCCCGGCCGGGGCGCGUCGUCUCCAUGGACGCCCGAACUCAGUCCUGGCCGCGGACGCUCGGUCAAACGCGCCGCCGACCCGCCUCAGCUGUGGUCAGACAGCAAGCGGCGCCGAUACGAGCGCAACGCCAAGGGCCUGCGACAUUUCUCCAUGAAGGUGUGCCAGAAAGUGCGCGCCAAGGGCACCACCACCUACAACGAGGUGGCCGACGAGCUGGUGGCUGAGCUGUGUCCGCCCGGCGCCGCCGCGUCGCCGGACCAGCAGUACGAGCAGAAGAACAUCCGCCGUCGCGUGUACGACGCGCUCAACGUGCUCAUGGCCAUGCAGAUCAUUAGCAAGGAGCGCAAGCGGAUCCAGUGGCUGGGGCUGGCGGCGCCGCCGGCCGAGGACUCGCCAGACUUGGAGCAGGAGAAAGCAGAUUGCCGACAGCGAAUCAGUGAGAAAACCCAGCAGCUCAAGGAUCUCGUGCUGCGCCAGAUUGCCUUCAAGAAUCUGGUGGAACGCAAUAAGGCGCUGGAGGAGACUGAAGGCCCGCCCGAGGCCGGCUCGUCCGUGCAGCUGCCGUUCCUCGUGGUCAACACCAAGAAGAAGACGGUGAUCGACUGCAGCAUAUCCAGCGACAAGAAGGAAUACCUCUUUAACUUCAACGACACGUUCGAGAUACAUGACGACAUUGAGGUGCUGAAGAGGAUGGGCAUGACACUAGGGUUGGACAGUGGAACCUGCAGCGAGGAGGACCUCGGGAAGGCCGCCGCCAUGCUGCCGCCAUCCCUGGCCGCCUUCAUUGAACAGGUGGCGCUGGAGGCGGCUGGCGCGCUGGACGUGCCCGAGCCCUCGCCAGACCGGCUGGACAGGCCACUGGACCAGCUGGAGACGACGUGGGAGUCGCCGUGACCCGGCCGCCCGGCAGCUGCCGAGGAGCAGCUGUCCGCUCCAGCCGCUGGCAGCUGCCCAGGACCAGCCGCCUGCUUCAGCCGCCGGACAGCAGCCGAGCGCCAGCCGCCCGCUCCGGCUGUUGGACAGCUGCCGAGGACCAGCCGCCAGAUACCAGACGGCCGCUGGCAGUGUUAUCAGACGGACAUGCUGUUGUCAUGGCUUACCACUGCCGGCCGUGGGUCCGUGGCUGAGGCCGGCCACCGCCAGUCCCGACCGGGCGGAGGCCACCUCUGCUGGCUGGCGGUGACUCGUGCUGACCUGACCGUGUCGGCCCCCCAUGUACAAACGGCCAGGCAGCCGGCCCGCGGCGGACCUCAGCCAGCGCGAGGCAAUGCCCCUGUCACCCGGCGCGCCGCCCCCUCCCUUCCCUCUCCCCUCGCUCUCACCUCAUGUUGUGCUCGCCGCUCGCAUCGCAGUCACCGUCGAAGCAAGCAGCUUUGUGCAACGCCGUACGUUGUCUGUGACGUUGCACUGACUAGUGGUUAGCAUCACGCCUUGUCAUGCCUGUGUCAGGAUGGGUCGUAUCCAGUGAAAACACGACGUUCACAAUCACCCGAUACUUUCGCCGCUUCGAACGAAUACACGAUGUAUUGAUAGAACGAUCAAGCGCUAGCGCGCGCCCGAUCUCGCGCCAGGC